GUUGACUCACAGAUCAUUCAUGAAUUUGAUUCCUCAAAAAUCAUUUAUAAAUCAUAGCCUCACCUCCGGGGUCUGCACUUCAAGAACUUCAUGGGUAAAACUAUUAGUAGCUGCCUUUUACCAGCUUUAAUAUCUUGUUUUUACUUGCAGCUGCAGUUUGGCACUGCUUCAGACACCAUAAGAGCAUCAGAAUCCAUCAAAGACCCUGAAUUUAUAAUCUCACAGGGUGGAGUUUUCCGAUUGGGAUUCUUCAGCUUUGCUAAUUCCACCAAUCGUUAUGUAGGGAUAUUGUACAACCAAAUCCCCGUACAAACUGUUGUAUGGGUGGCAAAUAGAAACAGGCCUCUCAAAGACUCUUCUGGGGUUCUCACCAUAUCAGAUGAUGGCAACCUUGUUGUUUCCAAUGGAAAAGCUGAGCUUCUUUGGUCAACAAAUGUUACGAAUCUGGUUCCUAAUGCAACAACUGCACAGCUUUUAGACUCUGGAAAUCUUGUCCUCAAUAAUGGCGACAAUGGAGGAAGCAGCAGCUUAUGGGAGAGUUUUCAACACCCUUCUAAUGCAUUCCUUCAAACUAUGAAGAUGGGCGUUGAUGUAAAAACGGGUCGUAAGGUGCGUACGAGAUCAUGGAAAGGCCCUGAUGAUCCAUCUGAUGGCAACUUUUCUGAAGGCCUUGAACCUUUCAACAUCCCAGAGAGUGUCCUUCGGAACAAUAACCAGAUAUAUUUUCGGACUGGCCCAUGGAAUGGCCAUAUCUAUAUUGGUUUAAUAGAAAUGAAUAACGUUUAUCUUGAUGGGUUUUAUGUGGUUGCAGAUGAUGAAGGAAAAAGUUAUUAUGAAACUUACGAAUAUUCUAAUAAGUCUAUGUUGAUAUACUAUGAAUUAGAUUAUGAUGGAAGAUUCGUUCAACGAAAAUGGGAUGCGGGGAAAGGGGACUGGAUAAACAAUUACCUAAUUCUUAAAACUGAUUGUGAUUUUUAUGGGAAGUGUGGGGCAUUCGGAAUCUGCGAUCCAAAGAAACAACCCAUUUGCCGUUGCUCAAAGGGAUUUAAGCCUAGAAAUGCAGAGGAAUGGAGUAGAGGUAAUUGGAGUAGUGGGUGUUUUAGGACUACCCCUUUGCAGUGCCAAAGAGAUAACAACAAUGGCAGUGGAGGAGCAGGCCAAAGUGAUGAUGGGUUUUUGAAGCUGAAGACGAUGAAAGCACCGGCUUUUCCAGACCGGUCAUCAAUAAUUAACGGCGAAUGCAAAGAUCAAUGCAUGAAGAAUUGUUCGUGUGUGGCUUAUGCGUAUGAUGCUGGCAUUGGUUGCAUGUUUUGGAGUGGAGAUUUGAUUGAUGUCCAGAAAUUCCCCACUCGCGGAGUCGAUCUUUACAUUCGUCUGCCAUCUUCGGAACUGGAUAAAGGGUUUAGGGUUAUUAUUAUUACAACAGUAACUGCGGGCAUAGUCGUUAUUACAAUUUCUACACUCUUCUUAUGGUGUAGAAUAGCUAAAUAUAAAGGAAGAAAUAAAAAACGAAAACAAAUCAAACACCAGUUUUCUAGUGAAAAUAUUGGAGAAAAUCCAGUUGGAGUUAAACUCCAGCAGCUGCCACUAUUCAAUUUCGAAGAACUUGCCACCGCGACCAACAACUUCCAUCCCGAAAAAAAGCUAGGGCAGGGUGGUUUUGGUCCGGUUUACAAGGGAACAUUAGAUGAUGGAAAAGAAAUAGCAGUGAAGAGAUUGUCAAAAGCUUCGGGGCAAGGAUUGGAAGAAUUUAUGAACGAAGUGGUGGUUAUUUCAAAGCUCCAACAUCGAAACCUGGUUAGAUUAUUUGGGUGUUGUGUUGAAGCAGAAGAGAAGAUACUCGUCUAUGAGUUCAUGCCCAAUAAAAGUUUGGAUGCUUUUCUCUUUGAUCCUGUUAAACAAAGACUCUUGGAUUGGAGAAAACGCUUCAAUAUUAUUGAAGGGAUCAGUCGAGGAUUGCUUUAUCUUCAUAGAGAUUCAAGAUUAAGGAUUAUACAUAGAGAUCUAAAAGCAAGUAAUGUUUUACUUGACCAAGAUUUAAAUCCAAAAAUUUCAGAUUUUGGGAUGGCCAGGAUCUUCGGAGGUGAUGAAAAUCAAGCCAAUACUAAAAGGGUUGUUGGAACUUAUGGUUAUAUGUCUCCUGAGUAUGCAAUGCAAGGGCAAUUUUCAGAGAAAUCAGAUGUGUUCAGCUAUGGAGUUCUACUACUAGAGAUUGUUAGUGGAAGAAGAAACACAAGCUUUUACAACAAUAAGGAUGACCUCAGCCUCUUGGGAUAUGCAUGGAAAUUAUGGAGGGAAGGCAAUAUUUGGGGCUUAGUAGACAAGGUGAUUUUAGAGUCGAAAUCAUAUUCAAAUAAUGAAAAAGAAAUAUGGAGAUGUAUACAUGUUGGAUUGCUCUGCGUUCAAGAAUAUACUAAAGAUAGGCCCACUAUAUCUACUGUUAUUUCAAUGCUUAAUAGUGAGAUUUCAGAUCUUAACACUCCAAAGCAACCUGCUUUCACUCAAGCGCCACAAAUGAGCCAUGAUGUUGAAGAUAGAGGUUCACUUAAUGAUGUAACUCUUACAAACCUUGAUGGUCGAUAAAAAUGUAAUUAGUUAUUUUGUAUUGUUUACAAUUAAAGUUCGAGCAUUGAAAUUUAUUUUUAUAUUUUGUUUU